UGACAGGCCUUUGACAGGUCUCAGUUGGCUUAUUCAAUGGCUUCAAAACUCCAACGGUCUUUCAUGAAUUAAAUUUUUUGUAUUGUGUUAUUAUCGUGUUAUUAUUUUGUUAUUAUUCUUUGUUUGACUGUCUUGAUAAAUUUUACAAAUAACAUGUCACAACAGCAGACUAAGAACAGCAUAACACUUCGGGGUUCUGCGCAAAUUAUUUGCGAGUAUUUAAAGUAUGCUAUCAACUCUGUUCUAUUUCAAAGAGGACUGUAUCCUCCGGAAACGUUUAAAGCGGAACAACAGUAUGGAAUCACGCUACUCAUGUCAGAUGAUGCACAAAUUAAGAGUUUUCUCACCAAUCUUCUUACUCAAAGUGAAGAGUGGAUAAUCAAGAAAAAGGUCAGCAAAAUAUCACUUGUAAUACUAAAUGUAGCUAAUAAAGAGGUGCUUGAAUGCUGGGACUUCAAUGUGCAGUAUGAAGAUGGUGAUGCUGCUCUAUCCAAGGAAAAAAAUGAAACUGUAAGCAGUAAAGAUCUAAAAAAGAUACAGCAAGAAAUUAGAGAUGUAAUGUUGCAAGUAGCGGCCACUAUUUCAUACUUACCAUUCUUAGACUGUAGAUGUUCGUUUGAUGUCCUAGUUCAUGCUAAGACAGACUGUGAUGUUCCUGAGAAAUGGGCGGAGGCAGAGCCUGUGGCAAUUCAGAACGCACAGAAUGUUCAGUUCAAAGCAUUUUCAACUGGACUCAAUAAAGUAGAAACUGUAGUUAGCUAUAAGUUAGUUGAUUAGUGUAGUUCUUAGUUGGCAGCUUUCUUAUUGUGUUGUUUAUUUAAUAGAAUAUGUUAAUAGGUUCACCAGAGAUAAACCCUGAUGGAGGUUUUUGGGUAUAAUGAUGAAUGUUUUUUAGUAUGUUAUGCUCAAGGCCAGUAUUUUUAGAAUCCUUUAUUUUUUAGUACAGUAUUUACUUGGUAGUACCUAUACAUAUAUUUUAUUAUUGAAUCUGCAUAAAGUAUAUGUAAUUAUUAUUUUACCACACACAAUGCUCUUAGACACUUAUGAGGGGGACGGCACAACUAGGCAUUACUGAGUAUACAAUCAUAAUAACUAAAACUCUAGUAACAUUAUAGUCUCAUCUUUUAUUGCCGUUUGUAAUAUUCAUACUAAAUUCUUUUUUAGUUUUGCCAUAUUUGAGAAAAAAUGGCAUAUAGCAAUAUACCAGUUAUAACAGAGUACCUAAAUAUGAAGUUUACUUGACAGAGUUGACAGUGUGCACUAACUUUCUGGGCUUUAUAUACCUACCUUCAUACCAACUACCUUAAACUUUAAACAGUCUUAGCCGUGAAAGGAUCAAAUGCCAUCUUACAAUUAUAAAUAACAAUCUAACUAAACUAAUUUGUAUUUUGAGCAGAUUUUAACAACAUUCUGUGAUAUAAUAUAAUGAGUUCAGUUGCCUGUAAGUCUUAAUUGUUUUGAUGCAUGACAGCAUUUUAUUUAGUUUUUAUUAUUCAUCAUUAAGUUAUAUGCCUCAAUAAGGAUUAUUUAGAAAUAAUACUAUUUUAAACUAAACCCUAGCAGAUUUUUGCUCACUGUGAAAACUAUUAAAAGAACAUUUAAAAAUAAAAAUGUGUAUUUAACUUGCUUUAGUUGGUCCAUUUUUGCUCUGUAAAUGAUUAGUAGUAUUUAGUAGUUCUAAGAUUACACUUUUUAGUUUAGGUAGUCCUUGUAUUUUUUGAUGAAACCAUUUGACAACAAUAUUGAAAUAAAAUGCUGUCUACUA